AUGGGUCUCCAACCGACACCUCCUGCUCCCUUUGGAGCUUCUACGAUUUCCAGCGACGCCGCCCUACAAUUCGAGAAUACCGUUCGCCGGCACACUCAAGAAACUCACUACGACCGGAUCACCUCCAUCGAAGAGAAGACCGACAGCUCGGAUACCGCCGCUGCAGACUCGGAAGAUGCCAUCGAACGCGAAGAUCAAGAGAAAAUCACCGAAUUGGCGCGCAGGUUCUCUCAGAUCUCCCAGAAAAGCAUCGGAGGGGAUGGCACCAACACCUUUCUCAACCCCACGAGCGACCCGGAAUUGGACCCAAACUCGGGUCGCUUCAACUCGCGCAAAUGGACCAAGAACAUGCUGCAUAUCACUUCACGCGACCCGGAUCGCUAUCCUCGGCGUACGGCAGGCGUGUCCUUUCGCAACCUGAACGCCUUUGGAUAUGGCACGGCCGCUGACUAUCAAACCGACGUGGCCAACAUGUGGCUGAAGGGCUUCGGCUGGUUUCGCAACGUGCUUGGAUUCGGGAAUAAAGUUCGCAUUGAUAUUCUGCGGAAUUUUGAAGGCUUUGUUCGUAGCGGAGAGAUGCUGGUCGUGCUGGGUCGCCCGGGAAGUGGUUGUUCGACGUUCUUGAAAACCAUUGCUGGGGAGACCCAUGGUCUCUGGCUGGAUGAAGGGACUGAUAUACAAUACCAGGGUAUCUCUUGGGACGAGAUGCACAGUCGCUUCCGUGGAGAGGUCAUUUAUCAGGCGGAAACCGAGAUUCAUUUCCCGCAGCUAACCGCAGGCGAGACACUACUGUUUGCAGCCCAUGCUCGAGCCCCGGCCAAUCGAUUUCCCGGCGUAUCUCGUGAUCAGUACGCAAUGCAUAUGCGAGACGUCGUUAUGGCCAUGCUGGGCUUGAGUCAUACAAUGAAUACGCAGGUGGGCAAUGAAUUCAUCCGCGGCGUGUCGGGAGGAGAACGAAAGCGAGUGAGUAUUGCCGAGACGACUCUGUGUGGUUGUCCUCUGCAGUGCUGGGAUAAUAGCACCCGUGGCUUGGACAGUUCAACGGCUUUGGAAUUCGUGAGAAACCUUCGAUUGUCCACCGAGUAUAGCGGGUCGACGGCAGUAGUUGCCAUCUACCAAGCUAGUCAGGCCAUCUAUGAUAUCUUUGACAAAGCGAUCGUUCUGUAUGAGGGCCGCCAGAUUUAUUUCGGCAAUGCCCAUGACGCAAGGAGAUUCUUCAUUGACAUGGGCUUCGACUGUCCGGAUAGACAGACCACAGCAGAUUUCUUGACCUCUCUGACGAGUCCCACGGAACGACGGGCUCGAAAAGGGUUCGAGCAUCUCGUUCCUCGCACGCCUGAUGAGUUCGCCGCUCGCUGGAGAGAUAGCCUUGAGCGAAAGCAGCUCCUUGUGGACAUUGACAAUUUCCAAAAUGAGUUCCCCAUUGGCGCCGACAAAAGAAAGGAAUUCGACCGCUCCCGUGCCGCAGAGAAGGCCAAGCGAACCCGGGCGGCUUCCCCGUAUACCUUGUCCUACCUGGGCCAAAUUCGUUUGUGUCUUUAUCGAGGAGGUCUUCGCCUCAAGGGUGACAUGAGCAUGACCCUGACUACAGUCAUCGGUAACAGUAUCAUGGCGUUGAUUGUCGCAAGUGUGUUCUAUAACUUGGACGAAACCACCGAAAGCUUCUUCUCCCGCGGCGCCCUGCUGUUCUUCGCCAUUCUGCUCAAUGCUUUUGCGAGCGCCUUGGAAAUCUUAACCCUCUGGCAGCAACGGCCCAUCGUGGAAAAACAUGACAAGUAUGCGCUUUAUCACCCGUCGGCUGAAGCGAUAAGCUCGCUGAUCGUCGACCUUCCGGCGAAGGUGCUUGUGUCUAUCGUCUUCAAUAUCAUCAUAUAUUUCAUGACCAAUCUCCGCCGUACACCUGGACACUUCUUCAUCUUUUACCUCUUCUCCGUAACCACAACGUUGACCAUGUCCAACAUCUUCCGAUGGAUUGGUGCAAUCUCACGGUCUAUGGCUCAGGCUAUGGUUCCAUCUUCGAUUUUCAUGUUAAUUCUGAUUAUUUACACGGGCUUUACCAUCCCAGUUCGAGAUAUGCAUCCAUGGUUUCGAUGGCUUAAUUACCUGAAUCCAAUCGCGUAUGCCUUUGAAUCUCUCAUGAUCAACGAAUACAGCCAUAGACAUUUCGAUUGUGCCACUUAUGUGCCUUCGGGACCAGGGUACGAAAACACGCCUAUCUCCUCGAAGAUUUGCUCUGGAAAUGGUGCCGAAGCUGGCCUUGACUAUAUUGACGGCGAUACCUAUCUCAACACAACUUUUCAAUACUAUCAUUCGCAUUUGUGGCGCAAUUAUGGUAUUCUUCUUGGGUUCCUUUUCUUCUCCUUGGCAGCCUAUAUUAUUUGCAGCGAGUUGGUUCGAGCCAAGCCGUCGAAAGGUGAAAUCUUGGUCUUUCCCCGCGGAAAGAUCCCGGCGUUCACAAAGAAAGCCCACCAGGACGAGGAAGACGCGCCAACUGCUGAGAAACCGCAGCAACUGGAAAGCGAAGCUCAGGAUCACACCGGUGCCAUCGUUAAACAGACGUCGAUCUUCCACUGGGAGGAUGUCUGCUACGAUAUCAAGAUCAAGGGACAGAAUCGACGUAUCCUGGAUCAUGUUGACGGCUGGGUGAAACCCGGGACGUUGACAGCCUUGAUGGGUGUGACUGGGGCGGGAAAGACGUCCCUUUUGGAUGUUUUGGCCAAUCGUGUGACCAUGGGAAUUGUCACCGGUGAUAUGCUAGUCGACGGGCGCUUGCGGGAUGACUCUUUUCAACGCAAAACCGGUUAUGUUCAGCAGCAGGAUCUACAUUUGGAAACCAGCACUGUCCGGGAGGCACUGAUUUUCAGCGCCUUGCUCCGCCAGCCGGCCAGCACCCCACGCCAGGAGAAGCUCGAUUAUGUGGAAGAAGUGAUCAAAAUGCUCAACAUGCAGGAAUACGCCGAAGCCGUCGUCGGGGUCCUGGGCGAGGGCCUAAACGUUGAGCAGAGAAAGAGAUUGACUAUCGGCGUGGAAAUCGCGGCAAAGCCGGGUCUUCUGCUCUUUUUCGACGAACCGACAUCCGGACUGGACAGCCAGACUGCGUGGUCCAUCUGUUCCCUCAUGCGAAAGUUGGCGGAUCAUGGUCAAGCCAUUUUAUGCACGAUCCACCAGCCGUCCGCUAUCCUGAUGCAGCAGUUUGAUCGGUUGCUAUUUCUGGCUAAAGGAGGACGCACGGUCUACUUUGGCGAGCUCGGCCAUAACAUGGAGACCCUCAUUAAGUAUUUCGAGAAGAAAGGCUCUGCUAAAUGCCCCCAUAAUGCGAAUCCCGCCGAGUGGAUGCUGGAGGUCAUCGGUGCUGCCCCGGGGUCUCAUUCAGAGCAAGACUGGGGAGAGGUCUGGAAAGAAAGCCCCGAGCGCGUUCAGGUUCGCCAGGAACUCGCCGACAUGAAGGCCGAACUCUUGCAAAAGCCGCCGCCUCCUAAAACGGUUGAAUACGGAGAAUUCGCGAUGCCGAUUUGGUCACAAUUCCUGAUCUGUCUCCAACGAAUGUUCCAGCAGUACUGGCGCAGCCCGGCGUACAUCUAUUCCAAAGCGACCACCUGCAUUAUUCCGCCCUUGUUCAUUGGUUUCACGUUCUGGCGAGAGCCGACGAGUUUCCAAGGCAUGCAGAACCAGAUGUUUGCCAUCUUCAUGUUGCUCGUUAUCUUCCCCAACCUGGUCCAACAAAUGAUGCCAUACUUCUGCACGCAGCGAGCUUUGUACGAGGUCCGCGAGCGGCCCUCCAAGGCUUAUUCGUGGAAAGCGUUCAUGAUGGCCAGCGUUGUAGUCGAGUUGCCGUGGAAUAUCCUCAUGGCUGUUCCUGCGUUUUUCUCCUGGUAUUAUCCGAUCGGUCUCUACCGCAACGCCUAUGCGACGGACGCGGUUACCGAGCGAGGGGGCACGAUGUUCCUUCUAAUUCUGAUAUUCAUGAUGUUCACCUCCACGUUCAGUUCGAUGAUCAUUGCCGGGAUCGAGAACCCGGAGACGGGCAGUAACAUUGCGCAGUUGAUGUUUUCACUGUGCCUCAUUUUCAACGGUGUCCUUGCAACUCCGGAGAGACUUCCCGGAUUUUGGAUUUUCAUGUAUCGGGUUUCCCCCUUUACAUACCUGGUUAGCUCGGUUUUGUCAGUCGGAUUAUCCGGGACGGACGUUGAGUGCUCGGACAUUGAACUCCUGCGUCUGCCGCCUCCUGAAGGACAGAAUUGCUCUACCUUCCUUGGCCCCUUCGCCGAGAUGGCCCAGAGUCGAAUCAUUAACCCUGAAGCUGACACGGAAUGCCUGAUGUGUACGUUUAAGAAAACGGACCAGUUCUUGAAAACACUCUCGAUCAAUUUCGACGAUCGAUGGCGCAACAUCGGGCUGUUGUUCGUCUACAUCGUUUUUAACGCCGUGGCCGCCGUCUUCCUGUAUUGGCUGCUGCGUGUGCCCAAGAAGAAGUCGCGGAAGGAGAAGGAAGAGUAG